GGUAUUAAUCAUUAUUGAAUUUGAAUGUGUUAUACAUACGGUGUCUUGAGAUGUAGACACAUUUUUUUACAAAAUAAUUUAUAAUGUGACAAACAAUAUCAUGGAAAUUAUUACAAGAAUCCUUGUAUAGCGCUAUAUAAACAAAUGUAUUUUACGAUGUGUUUAACGUUAUGGCUAAUAUUUAUAUAAAUCUACAGAAAUAACAGAAAACUUGUUUAAAGUUAAUUUCUACGGAACAGAAACAAAUGUAAUUUUCUUGUAUUAAUAAAUGCUUCCAUAUUUGGCAUGAAAUGUUAGAAAGUAUAAACUGUUGUUACAAAAUUAAAGAUACUGUUUUUACUGUGUUAUCAAAUUUGCAUGCAUUUACUGUGUUUUAUUGCAUUUUUUAUAUAUAAGAUUUAUAAUAAUAUAAUAACGUUAUUAAGAAAUAAAGUAUUUUACAUUUUAUAGUAUUAUACAGGGUGAACUAGUAGCACCUUAAUUAUUUUCAAAAUUAUAUAAGAGAAACAUUGUUAAAUGUUAUUAUAUAAAAAAAUGUGGUAUAACCCUGUAUACUAUAUCAUGUAUUUUACAUAUUUCCUGUGAGUCUCUGUUACUUAGCAACUGUUCUGUCAAAACACAGUAACUUCACUUUGAAGUCACAUAACGAUUUUGCAAUUACGUUUAUAUUACUUGUCAGUGAAGUUAUAAAAUAAAAAUAUCAGUGUUUUACAGUGAUAGUUUAUAUCAUCUUCAUUUGUAACUUGUUUCGCUAAAUUUUUAUUUUUAAUCACUGAAAUUGCAACUGAUAUCAAUUUUUGUGAUAUUUUAUUAUUCUUCUGAUAUUAACAUUUUGUAAAAAUGGGACCCAAAAAAGCAAAAGCAAAAGCACCUGCUAUGGUCGAUGGAGUAGACACAACAAAAAUGAACAGAGAACAGCUGGAAAUUUAUGCACAUAGGAUACUUGAAGAAAUGGAACGUGAAAGGGAAGAACGAAAUUUUUUUCAACUGGAAAGAGAUAAACUUAGAACUUUUUGGGAAAUUACAAGACGCCAGUUAGAUGAAGCACGUGCAACUAUCAGGAAUAAAGAACGUGAAAAAGAAGAAUUUGCAGAGAAACAUGAAGCGGAACUUAAAUUGUACAAACAGAAAGUGAAACAUUUAAUGUAUGAACAUCAGACAAGUUUAUCAGAAACUAAAGCAGAUCACAUGGUUGCACUUAAAAUAGCACAAGAUGACCAUGUUCUCCAAGAAAAUGAAUUAAUCAAAGAUAAGUUGGAAUUAAAGAGACUACAAAAAGAACAAGAUUUAGCACAUGUGAAUGAAAUACGUGCUUUGAAAUUGAAAAAUGCAGAGGAAACAGACAAACUGAUAAAACAAUUUGAAACUGAAGCUAUAGAGAUGGAACAAAAAUAUGAACAGAAGUUAGCCAAUCAGUAUGAAUCUCUUACUUUAAAACAUCGUAUGGAAAUAACUGAAAUAGAAGAGAGAAAAAAUACACAAAUUGCAAAUUUAAUCAAGAAUCAUGAAACCGCAUUUGCAGAAAUGAAAACUUAUUAUAAUGAUAUUACCCUUAACAAUUUGUCUCUGAUAAAGAGUAUGAAGGAACAAAUGGAAGUAAUGAGAAGCAAUGAAGAACGGAUGAAAAAACAAGUACGGGAAUUGACAGCUGAGAAUAAAAAAUAUUUUGCAGAGUUAAAAUCUCAGGAAGAAACCUUAGCACAUUUAACUCAUCAACUUGCAAAUUACGAAAAAGAUAAACAAAGCUUAGCAAGCAUUAAAAAGAGAUUAGCACUAACUUCGAAAGAUUUCGAAAAUUUAAAAUGGGAAAAUGAAGUACUAGAAUUACGUUUUGAAAAAUGUCAAUCCGAAAGAGAUGAAUUGCAUUCAAGAUUUGUCUCAGCCAUACUUGAGCUUCAACAAAAGACAGGAUUGAAAAACGUUCUCCUAGAGAAGAAACUUGAAAAGUUAUCGGAUUUGUUAGAACAACGUGAAGUACAGAUCAGCGAAGUGCUUGCUGCUGCUCAGUUAGAUCCAAUGGCUGUUGCCAAUGUUAAUAAGAAACUAGAAAAUAUGUUAAACAGAAAAAAUAGCGCGAUACAAGAUCUUCAGUAUGAACUAGCAAAGGUUUGUAAAGCGCAUGAUGAUUUGCUUCGAACAUAUGAAGCUAAGUUACAAGAAUAUGGCAUUCCAAAAAGUGAACUUGGCUUUCAACCGUUGAAAAUAAAAGGAAUAACUACAAAAUUGGGCACAGGACCAGCUGGUCUUGUUACCGCAAAUCGCUAGUCUAUAAGAUUUCAACAAACUGAUUUGUACUCAAUAUUUUAAUUACUCUGUAUAUAUAUAUAUAUUUUCGAUCCAUUAAUAAGUGUAUUUUUAGUAUUAGUGAAACAAGAUGCAGAAUAUCUUUAUUUUGUGAAACACGUGAUUCCAGUGCAUCUGUUUUAUUUUUCUUCCUUAGAAAUUACAUAAAAUUAUCACAGAAUGUACAGAGUAGAUCAU